GACAUGACAUUUCAUAUUUCCAUAGAAAUUGGAAUUUUAUUACGAAACAAUUCGUGAUAAAAAAGAAGUUUUCCGUUCAGUAUUCUCCAGUUACACGCACAGCGUCGCACUGGAAAUGGAAUCCGCCGUUUGGCAAGUGAGAUGAUUUCGGAGUAUCUUCAACGAUAAAUUAAAUAAUCAGCAUGGUGGACUUCAUCAUUGGUGGCUUGGCCGGUGUCGGAGCGGGGUUCUUUAGCAACCCGUUUGACGUUGUCAAAACUCGUAUGCAGUUGCAAGGAGAGCUCAGGGCCAGAGGUCAACAUGCGGUGCAUUAUAGGAACAUUCCCCAUGCAAUGUAUACCAUAGUAAAACAUGACGGUAUUGCUGCUCUGCAAAAAGGUCUCGUGCCAGCAUUGUGCUUCCAAUGGGUUGUGAACGGAGUGCGAUUAGGAAUCUAUCAACAGGCCGAUAACCAUGGCUAUUUGAGAGAUGAGAAGGGGAACACGAAGUUUUCCAACAGUUUAUUCUUUGGAGCGAUAUCUGGUAUGGCGGGGGCGUUCUUCGGGAGUCCAUUGCAACUUAUAAAAACGCAACUUAUGUCUUAUUCGUCCAAGGAGAUCGCAGUUGGCACCCAGCACGCGCAUAGUGGCAUGAUGUAUGCUAUCAGGAGGAUUUAUGAGAAGAAUGGACUAGGAGGAUUGUGGAGAGGCGCUCAUGGAAUGAUGAUCAGGAACUCCAUAGGAUCAGCGUCACAAAUCGCCUCCUUUGCUUUGUGUAAAGAGUGGAUGAACGCUAACGAUAUGUUCCAACAGUCGAAAUAUCUGUCCUCAUUCGUGGCCAGUAACAUUGGCGCACUCGUGAAGACUGUUGCUCUUACUCCUAUGGAUGUGAUCAUGACCAGGCUGUAUAACCAAUCGGUGGAUGCGGAAGGUCGUGGGAUGCUCUACUCCGGCAUAGCGGACUGCGCGAGGAAGAUCACCCGCACCGAGGGCCUCCUUGCGUUCUACAAAGGCAUGGGCCCCUCCUACUUCCGGCAAGCACCUCACACGGUCCUCCUUCUAGUCUUCUGGGACAUGCUCAAGGAUAUCCACAACAGUUAUGAAGCUAAGUUUUAGGUUGCAAAUUGUGUGACAGCGGGUAAGAGAGUCGAGGCUCUGAAACAACCGAUAUGCUGCUGUCGUUGAGAAUGGAUCCAUAUAUCCUGUGGUAUUACAUAGUACUACAAACAUUUGCCCGCGGCUUCCCUCAAGUUAAAUUUGGGGUAACACGGUUCCAGUUUCCUAAUGUACCAAUUUUUAGCUUCCUACCCUGAAUAUUGCGGAUUGCUCCAUACAAACUCCCCUCCCCCCCCCCUUUUUUUAGGGAAGCGGGGGAUUAGAAAGAGACAAAAAGCAGCCUAUGUCACUCUCCAUCGCUUCAGCUAUCUCCGCUUAAAAAAUCACGUCAAUUCGUCCGUCCGUUUUGCCGUGAAAGACUGACAAACAAACAGACAGGCACACACUUCCGCUUUUAUAGUAUUAGUAUGGAUUCACAAUCUAUACAAAAAAAUGCGUAAUAUUUUUUCGAUCCGCUCUCGCCAUCGCCGUAGUACAAUUCGCGACUAGUUACUACUGGUGCUGGGUUACUAUUGGUGCUUUAUUGUAUUAUAAGAUGUUCACUCAACUCUUCCUCCACUCGGCUCGUCCUCAGCUGAGCAUUUCGAUAUAUUAAGUUAACAUGUACGUCCUCGAGUUGGGGACUUUACUGGAGUCGCGCACAUCUAAACCCGGAGCUCAACUCCAACCUUCCUAGACUUCCACCUCAAGGUCUUUCUCGAACUCAGCUCAAAAUCGAUAUUCUUAGACAGCGCUUCAACCUUGUCUCGAGUUUACAUAGUUUAUGGCUUGACGUCAUUAAUUUCGUAUGAUUAUGUUGGCAGUAUGAUAUGCUCGCCUCCAGUGAGUAAAGUCCUCAAGUCGAGGAUGUAAAUGUCAACUUAAAAUACCAAAAUGCUCAGCUGAGGCCGAGCCGAGUGGACGAAGAGUCCAGUGAACAUUUUAGAAUACGGGUGUUAAUUUGAAUGGAACUGUUGACAUUAAUUUAGGGCUGUUACCAGUGUAAUGAAAGUAUUCGUGACUUAAUUAUAGUAUACUUCUUCUAUCGUGUGGGUUGUGAGGUGGAUUACCAACCUCAUCAACCCCGGUGUCAGGGUUACUAUUGAGCCGCCAAAAGCCCCUGACAUGACUCAUGUAACGACUACGUACAUUAUAUAGUAUUUUUCUCUUCUAUCGCGUGGAUUGUGAGGUGAAUUAUCAACCCCAUCAACCCUAUCAUAGUAUUAUCUUCUCUGGAUUUCUGGUUCCAAUAAAAUGCAGUUUAAAUAAGAAAUAUUGUAAACGCAUUUGAGCGCUUCAAAUUGUUGCUUUCUUUAAAGAAUUACUAUUCGCAAUAUAGCUUUAUAUGUGCUCAGAAAUGUGCUUCUUCUUAUCGUGUGGGUUGUGAGGUGGAAUACUAACCUCAUCAACCCGGCCUGGCUAAAAGACCCCUGACAUGGCUCAUGCAACGACUACAUACUUACAUCAGUAAGUUAGAUGAUCAAUUAGGUGAUCAGCCUGUAAUGUCCUAACCAAACUGAGGAUCACAAAGUGAGUUUUGUGAUAUGUCCCCACCGGGAUUCGAACCCGGGGCCUCCGGAUCGUGAGCCCAUCGCUCAACCACUGGACCACGGAGGUCGUUAGAAGUGUGCUAAGGCACAAACGUAGCUACUAAUUGCAUCAACCGACAAAAACAACGUGAUGUAACUUAAAUAAUAUUCGGUAAUGUGAUAACAAUGAUAAUUAUAAUUGAGUCUAAUUUUAUAUUCGUUCCUGGCCAUUUUAUCACUACACAAAAAGGUCACGAACUGUUUGUUUAGUUUAAUAAAUCAAUACAAAGCAAAUGUAGUACAAAUUAAUUGAUACUGAAUUCAUUUUUUAUUUAUUUAAUGGUGCUGAUUCUUGUAGACAUCUAAUUUUAUUUUAAGUUAUACCUGUAAAUUUCUUAUCUGCCGAAAAGGAAAGGAUUUAGAAUUACAAAAUAAAGAGUACGACGUUUGACCACGUUUAUCGAUGACGUCAUGCGUGUAAAUUUCUAAAGACAAAAUCCAUUUGAAUGUAUCGUUUUCACGUCGCGUAAAAAGUAUCUCAUUUAACUAGGCUAUCCUCUUGAUAGAUAGAUAAAAUAUUUUAUUGAGCACAGUGGACACAAAAUACAGAAAAAAAGAAAAAAACCCUUCUAAAAACCGUUCGUUGGAAGAGCCGUUUCUAUUGGUUAUUUAUCGCGUCUAGAGCGAUAAGCAGCACCUCGGUCACCGCAUUAUCUACCUAUGCACUCUAUAAAAAUUAGAGUGGUUUAGGCAUUUACUCAUUAUGUAAGCUGAGACUGUGGUAAAACGUGAACGUAUGUGUGUAUUUAUAACGUGGAACUUUCCAGGCUCCGUUCCCAAAAAAAAUGUAGAUGGCGCUGUACAGAAUUGCCUUCUUUUCACCUUCCAAUUUCAUGGAUAACAGACAUAUGCAUCUUUUAUUUUUGUUUUUGGAUAUAACUGAUGACCCUUGUUAUUACCCCCAGGCAAAACACAUCUUCCACCCAUUAUUAUUCUGAUUAAAAUAAAGAGAUGCAAUAUACAUAUAUGCUGUUAGCAACAUAAUUCUAAACAUAUCUGAUUUAUAUAUCAAGCAACAAUUAUGUUUAUAAAUGCGUCUGCCAUUACGUUAUAUUUUUGAAUAAUUAUUUACCCGAGCUUAUUAUAAUUUUUUUAAACCACUGCCGUAUUUUUCCCUAAAAAAGUAGCAUGGAAAAUGCUGCACCGACAAGAGCGUGGCUCUUAAAUUGAUGAGGAUGAUGAUUUACCCGAGCAAUGAGAACAUUAGAUAUAAUUUUCACGUUAAAUCUGUACAGCGCCAUCUAUAAUUUUUUGAGGAACGUAGCUUGGAAAGUUACUAAUUAAAAGUGCUGUAUGUAUGUAAAUUUUGAGAUUAAUCGAACCUCGCCCCAAUCCAAAAGUGUUACCAAAUAUAACUAAUAAAAUUCUACAAUAAUUACUUUAAAAAAGUUAAAUGUACGUUGGUGUGUUAGUUCCUUUUUUUUGCUUUUAGUUAUAGUUAUAAUUUUUUCCAAAGAUGAAAACACACUUCAUACGUCGAAAUAAAACGUUGACAUGAAAAUUAAUAGAUUUUUUUUAAUUUGAAAGUAUUGCCAUUAGUUAAAAAACUACCAAAUGAGUAGUUUAUGCAGUAGAUAUUUAUUUUAUACUAUUUUACUUUGAUAAAGUAAUAGAUUUCCAUUAUAGUACAAUUCUCAUCUCGAAUCCUGUAUUGUCUUAAUACCUCAUCCUAACACUUAUAAAAUAGCGCCUAAUUGCAGUAUUAUUGUAACGGAAUACCUUCUAAGCAUUUUAUCUCAAUGUUUUAAUAUCAAUAACGAGUUAUUAUGAAUCUAAUUGUUUUAUGUGAGUUUGUUUAUAAUUUUACAAUACUGUUUCUUACAAUUAGUUGUUGAUGUUACAAAAAGUUGUAUUAAAGUGAGUGCUAUAUUAUAUUUUAAAUAUAAUGUCGUUUCCACGCUGAUGUUAUUAAUAAUAUAAUAUUAAAAAAAUAUAUAAAAUAAUGAAAUAAUAAAUAUAUUUAUAUUUAAUUUUUUUUCACAAUCAUAUUUGACAUUGAAUGAGACUUACGGUUUAAUUUGUCAAAACAGUUAAUGUGACAUGGUAUCAAUGUGUACAUAUUAGUACUCGUGACCGUACCUUGUUACAUAAAAUGUUGUUUUAAUUUGAAAGUGAGCAAUAAUUGUUGCUUAAAUAGAGGACAUUCAAGAAUAAAAAUGUUACAUAAUAAAUUAUAAUACCAAUGUGGGGUAAAGGUACAAAAUAAAAAUAUGAAAUCCUAAUAGAUUUUAUAAUUGGAUAAGUGUUAUUAGUUGCCAAAUAUCAAACUUAAAUGUAUUUUCAAUUUACAGUAGUUUAUCAAUCUCUACUUUUGAUAAUAAAUUGGAUAAAUUCUUAUAUUUAUUAUUUCGGUUUAUAUUAUAUUUGAUAAUAUUUUUAAUUGUAUUUUUUAUCCUAUUGAAUCUUUAUUUGUUUAUAAUUUUUAAAUGUUUUUAUUUAAUUGGAUAUUCCAGAAGGAUGGCAACAACAAGUAGAGUUGAAGAAUUAAGCCAGCUUUUUAAAAUAAUGUUGCCAUAUUUUUUUUUUGCGCGCGCGCGAUUUAUUUUGAAGGCUUCGACCAAUAGACGCAGCGAAUGCAUAGACGUCGUCCGGCUAUUGGCCGAAGCCCUCGGUUGCCGUGCGCACUGGUUGCAAUAUGGCAAUAGCCUAAAUAAUAAUAAAAAAAUAUAUAAAGGUCUAUGCAAAUAUGUCUGGUCAAAAAAUAACAAAUAAUCAUUGCCUUGACUAGAGUUCGCGCUAUCGCAGUUUUUGCAUAUACUUAGGUACUUAUUAUCUAUCAUUUAGUGCCAAUAAAAUCCGCUGGACUUCAGCCGUGGGGCGCACUCUACGAUUAUUUGUUAUUAUAAUAUAUUAGGUGUGUGACGCCACAAACAUAUACAGGUGUUAGUGACAUCGUAACGAAUACUGAGGAGGAUGAUUCAGACCAUGAUUCUGAGUUAAUAUCAAGUGGAAUUUUCCUAUCGGAAAAUUCAUGAACACUUUACAUACAUAAAUUCGCGCCUAUUUCCCACCGGGGUAAGCAGAGACUAAAGAAUUCCAUUGGCUUCGAUCCUGAAACACUUCUCUUGCUUGAAAAUUUAAAAUUUUCCGUUCCAUACUUUUGCGGCGGAAAAUUCCACUUGGUAUCAACUCUAGAAUCAUGGCCCGAGUCAUCCCUCAAAGUUUUUGUUACGAUGUCACUAACACCCUGUAUAUUAAGUAGGUGUGUCACGUUACAAAAAUAUAUGUAUAAUAUUACCUAUUAGGUAGUGCAAUAUUAGCGUAAUUUCUGCCGUGCCUUAUUUUAAACUGAAAUAAUGUUGUUAUUAUUAAAGUUAUAUUGUAAAGCCAGCGGUUGGUUGAGUCAUCAUCAGUAAAAUAAUUUAUUGUAGGUACUUAUUAGGUUAAUUAAAUUAGUUAUUAAUGUUUUAAAAUGUUUCGAUGAAAAUGUGAGAAAAAAAUACAAUUUUAGAAAAAUG